CAGUUUAAUCCACCGAAUUCUACGGAUUGUGGAAAUCAUCUUUGCAUACCACAACUAAACAAGAUAUAUCUCCCAGGCGAAGAAAAAGUGCCGUUAAAUAAAAAAGCAGAUAAGCAACUUAUAAUGUCCUUUGAGUUUUUUAACUACAGUGCCCAACCGAAUUUAUUAUUUAACACAAAAAACCAAGAUUACAAGAGAUUCUUUGUUUCUCCAACUGGAUCUCAUUUAGAUAGCUUGGUUACCAACAUUUCAUAUCAAAAUCCACCAGGACCUCUUAUUUCACAAUAUGAUGGAUAUGACUUUAUGUGCGGAGAUCGUUACACGCCAUCUACAUGCACAAAACCGUGCACAUGUACUCAUGUUUAUCAUAUUUCACUUGGAGCACUUGUGGAUGUAAUGGUCUAUGAUAAAAGUAUGUACUUUAUAAAAAUAUUUUAAAAAUAACAAAUGCAA